GCCAUGACAGUGGGAAUCCUUCGACGUGCUGUGUGACGCGGCGACGUGACAAACGGUCGUAAUGGGGCGGGGCUCGUAAACAGAGAGAUCUAAAUAAAGGACCGUGCAGAAAUUUACUCUAAAGUAUCCCACUUUUUCUCGUCAGAUAAAAGGUAAAUCUCGUGUGAUGCCGAUACGCCGAGCAGCAGCGACUCCAACCCAGGAGAAGGCCAUCUCCGCUGCAGCAGAGAAAGAGCCUGAAGCCUCCUCCGAGGAGUCGCCCUCUGCUGACGAGGAGCAGGCGGCACCUUCAGCUGCACCAGCCGAGGUGGAGGAGGGUGAGGCGGCAGGUGAGGUGACGGGCGAGACGGCGGGCGAGACAGAGCCUGAGACGGAGCCCGAAACGGAGCCCACAGAGAACGGAGAGAAGGCGGAUGAAAGCGCCGAGGCAGAGAAGGGAGGCAAGGGGACAGAGAAGAAAGAUGACAAAUGCAAGGACUGCGCGGCGGGACAAUGUGCAACACACUGCUAUGUUCUCCUACUAAGGUUGAAGGAUGGCUACAAGUACGAGAAAGCCAAAGUCAAGAAGGUGAAAAGGACGAUCCCUGCGUGGGCUAGCGUCAAUGCCAGCAAAAAGCUCCCUGUUACCAACUUUGCAGGCACUCAGAACAAAGUGGAUAAUAUCCUCAUUGAAGCUAUAAUGUCUUGUAACGACAAGUCUGGGGUUUCAUACCAGUCUGUCAUGAAAUACAUUGUGAAAAAAUACCCGGGGAUGGAGCUCGACAAGAAGAAGUUUCUCAUUAAGAAAGCAAUGAAGAAGCAUUUGGAGAAGGGCACCAUCAAACAGCUGAAGGGUAAAGGCCUUUCAGGAACCUUCACCAUUGGGAAACAGGCCUCUUUGUCUAAGAAAUUGGCUCAGAAGCAGGAGUCUUUGGGAGACGCUCUUCCACUCAUCAUCACUCGGCUCUGUGAGCCCAAGGAGGCCUCCUACAAUCUGAUCAAGAAAUACCUGGAGCAGCACUUCCCCAGCUUCAACAUCGAGAACAAGCCAGAGGUCCUAAAGACAGCUUUAGUGAGGGCUGUAGAAAAAGGACAACUGGAGCAGAUCACUGGGAAAGGAGCCAGAGGGACCUUCCAGUUGAAGCGUACCGGGAACCAGGUCCUGCUGAAGGGCGGCACCCUGGAGGAUGCCAUCACAGCUGCCAUCACAGCCAUGAAUGAACCUAAAACCUGCAGUACCACCACCCUACGCAGAUACCUAGUAGACGCCAACAAGGACAGGAAAGAGUACCAAUUAGUGGCCAAAUUGAGGAGGACCCUGACAAAGUGUAAAGUACUGGGAUGGAUGGAGCAGAUCACUGGUCACGGCUUCACUGGCACCUACCAGCUCUCAUUCCCCUUCUACCCGAGUCCGACCACCCUCUACCCAGAAAAGUUCAAAGAGAUUCAGAAGAAAAACGCUCCACCUCCACCCAAGCGGAGGCGGACGGUUGAGUCUUCUGAUGAGGAUGAGGACGAGGAAGAAUCAGAAGAGGAGGAAGAGUCUGAAGACGAAGCCCCCCCUCGUAAGAGGAAACCUCAGAAGAGGCCUCCACCCAAGGCUCGUCGCCCUGUACCAACCAAGAAAUCUCGGAGCGCUAGUCAGUCGAAAGCUAAAGGCAGGGGAGGCGCCCUCGCAAAGAAGUCUCCAGCCAAGAAAGCAGUGUCUUCAGCCAAGAGGCCGGGAAAGAAACAGACAGCUUCUAAGAAGGAAUCCACACCGCCAUCUAAAGCCACACCUGUGAAGAGAGGAGCUCCUGCAAAAAAGCCCAAAACACCAGCCGUUAAAAAGCUGAACAAAAGGGCGACGAAGCGACCUGUGUCCAAAGAGUCGUCCGACGAGGAGGCUGUGGCCACAAAGGAAACGAGGAGCGGCUCAAAGCGAUCUAAACCCGAGGAGUCGAUCCCUGAGAAGCCCACAGUUAAAAAGCCGGCGACCAAAAGUGGAUCCAGGCAACCUGAGCGUGAAGAGCCAUCUUCUGAGGAGCCUGCAGUCAAAAGAGGGGCCAAGAGCAGCAAGCAGUCCACUCGAAAGUCAAAGAGAGGGAAAUACUGAGCCCUGGAGCGCCUUCCACGAACUGGGCCGCUCUUGAUACGCAGCAGUCUGCCGCUUUGUUUCAGUGCGCUCUCUCUUUUUAUCAUUGUUUCUCCCUUUUUAAUGGGGCAGUAGGUUUUUUUUUUUAUUUCUAUUGUAGAAAAAGAAUGUUAUCUUAUCCUAAUACUAAGUUUACUGUACAUUGAGAGUUUCCAAAUUUUGCUUUUAAUCACCAUGUGUAGAAAAGCUCAGUUAGUGUUGCCGUUAAAACUGAUGUGUGACCAGCUGCCAGCUCGGGAAACCAUAGCAGGAUCCGACAUACUGUAACUAGAGCCUUGUAGUGACUUCGGUUUUAUAUAUAUCUCUUCCUCAUCGACUCUGUAGGCAUUGGCAGCACACAUUCCUAAUAUCAAAUGAAGUGAGAUAUCAGUGUUAUGGAGGGAUGAAAAGAACGCCCAUUUUAAGUUGAAUGGGGUUGAAAAGUUUAAACAGUUACUAAUAUUAAUAUUUUAUAAAAACAGAUUUUAAGGCUGUUGUCCUGUGUCCUGGACACAUCUGUGGCCACGCAUGGCCACAUCAGAAUCUGAAUUCCAUCCAUAUUUGUCCUGAUAUAAUUAUAUUUUUGAUUUUUGUUUAUUUAAAGCAAACCAACAAACAAACGAAAAAUGCCCCUAGAAAAGAUUAGGCCUGCUGGUGCCAGGUUGAGGACUUGAUAGAGGAUAAAACACUAUAUUAGUAUUCAUUUCAAAACAAGGCACAUUGGGUAAAAAGUAUUUUUUUUAAAUUUGUGUGUGUAAACAAGCAUAUACAUAAAUUGAUUUUAUCGCUUCACAGCUGUAAUUCAGUACAAAACUGUAAGAAAUGUGUGUUGUGAAUAAGAAAAAGGAGGAUAAUAGCUCAUACAUACCCUGCAUGCAUGUAUUCCUUGUGUUGUUAAGCUUUUUUUCCAAGUCAUUAAUAAAAUGGCUAUAUUUGUAAACUUGCUGUAACCUUAAUCAUUUAAUUGAGUGGGGAGAAUUUUUUUUCACGAUUUCAAAACAUAAAGUGAUUUUAGCUUUUUUUGUUUUGUUUUUAAAGUUGAUGGUUACCAUAAAUUAAUACUAUGCUUCCAAACUGGGGGGGGUGGGGGUCCCUGUACUUUUAUUAAAGGGAUUUUGAAAUGACAAA